CCGUAUUUCCGAUUAGCUUCACUCAGCGGGAUGACUCUCCGAUGAACAGUCUGCUGUUCUCCGGUUAAUGACACGGUUCACGUCUCGUUAAGUCGCCGUGUGGUGUCCACACAAACUCUGCCGACUUUAGUUGACGUUUACUGCCUGACCGAGCGGUUCCUCCCGGUGCUGACGGUACUUUGUAGCGGCGGAACCUGCGCAGAUAACGGACUGACCCGCUCCGGUCUGAGCUCGUUACCAUGGAGUUUCGGCGGAACUUCCUCUGGAGCUCCAGCACAGGGAGGUAACGACAGCGGGGUCCGGGCUUCCUCGCGCUCAAAGCCGCCUCGGCAGCGACUUGUUGCCGCUGACGCGGAGAAGAUGAGCGGAGCCGCCGCCGCGCUGCUGCCGCUCCUGCCGCUUCUGCCUCUGCUGCGGCUGCUGAGCGGCAGCGCUGCCUUCACGGUCCCCAGGUCUCUUAACGCACCGCAGAACCCAGAAGUUAUGAUACAUAGACAGACGGACGGUACCGACGGUCUGAUCAGAGCCGUGACAGAUGGCGACAGAAAACAGCGUCCCCUGCUGGAGAAGACACGUCCCUUCGUCCUGGUGGACGGAAAGAGACGGAGCCUCGCUGAAGCAUUCCAGGACGGACAUCCAGACAGAUUGCAGUGUGGACUGGAGGUGAGAGGACGCCUCUUCCUGCUCGACCUGGAGAAGAACCAUCACCUUCUGCGCAAACCUCCAAAUGUCUUCUUCUACCUGUCCAACGGUACGGGCGUGUCUCUGAAAGCCGACCCUGUGACUCACUGUUAUUACCACGGCAGCAUCCGAGGGUUCCCUCAGUCCAGGGUGGCUCUGAGCACCUGCUCCGGACUGAGCGGCGUCAUCGUCAUCAACGCCACGAUGAGCUUUGAGCUGCAGCCACAGGAUGACGACCGCCAUUACCAUCUCCUCCACCAGGGGGAGGAGAGCAGAGGGGACGGGAGUGAAGGAGGAGGAGGAGGAGGAGAUAAUGAAGGAGGAGUCCACCUGCUGUUCUCCGCCAGUCCACUGGAGGGCAGUGACGCUGGACAUUGUGGGGUUUACCACACUGCUGUUCCCCCCAUCCACAGCUACACACACACACACAGGAGAAAGAGGGACAUCCUGUCAGAGACCAAAUACAUUGAGCUGGUGCUGGUGGCUGACCACCAGGAGUUCAUGAAUUACCAGAAGAACAACAAGACCAUCAUCUAUCGUAUGAUGGACGUGGCCAACCAGGUGGACUGGUUCUAUCGCCCUCUAAAUGUGCGGGUGGCGCUGACCGGUCUGGAGGUCUGGAGCGACCGAGACAAGAUCCGGGUGGAGAAGAGUCCGAAGGACACGCUAAACAACUUCCUGGAGUGGAGAAGCAGAGAGCUGCUUCCCCGCCUUCGCCAUGACAACGCCCAGCUGGUCAUGGGCGGAGCCUUUGACGGCACCACGGUGGGGAUGGCGUCUCAGGCGUCUAUGUGCUCCAGAGACCGGUCAGGUGGAGUCAACGUGGAUCACCUGGUCAGCGUUUUGGGUGUGGCCUCCACUGUUGCUCAUGAGCUUGGUCACAAUUUGGGGAUGAGUCAUGACACAGCAGAACGUCGCUGCUCUUGCCAGAACGAACCACGACUCGGAGGAUGCAUCAUGGAGCCAUCAACUGGGUUCAUGCCUGGUCAGCAGUUCAGCAGCUGCAGUUCCUCUGACCUGUCCGUCAGUUUACUUCAUGGAGGAGGAAUGUGUCUGUUCAACGUUCCUGAACCAGAUCUUCUGUUAGGAGGACCUCGCUGUGGAAACCUCUACGUGGAGAGAGGAGAAGAGUGUGACUGCGGCCUGAUGGAGGAGUGUGAUGAUCCCUGUUGUAACGCCUCCACCUGUCAGCUGAUCCCGGGAGCUCAGUGUUCAUCUGACGGCAUCUGCUGCCACAACUGUAAAUUGCGUCCUGCAAGCUCGGUGUGUCGUGAGCCUCUUGGACCAUGUGACCUGGCCGAGUUCUGCACUGGCUCCUCCCCCCACUGUCCCCCCAACGUCUUCCUGCAGAACGGUGAGCCCUGUGAGGACGGUGCCACCUACUGCUAUGGAGGAGUGUGUGUCAGCAUGAACGCUCAGUGUCAGCUGCUGUGGGGAACCAACUCCACCAGUGCUCCGCCCAUCUGUUUCUCUUCUGUCAACAAACAAGGAAACAAGUUUGGAAACUGUGGUCAGCUGACCAACGGUUCCUACAUCCCCUGUGCUAACACUGACGUGCACUGCGGCAGGAUCCAGUGUCAGGGUGGGAGACAGCGCCCCCUGCUGGGCAUUAACGUAGAGAUCCUGACCACUGAAGUGCGCCACAGUGACCUGGUCUGCAGAGGAACCUUCUUCCACCUGGGAGACGACGUGUCUGACCCUGCUACUGUGGCUCAGGGAACUGCAUGCGGCCCUGGAAAGGUGUGUUUGAAGCAGACGUGUCAGGACGUGUCGGUGCUGGGCGUUGACGACUGUCGCAGCAAAUGUAACGGUCACGGGGUGUGUAACAGUAAUAAGAACUGUCACUGUGACGUGGGCUGGGCUCCACCUGACUGCAGGUACUCAGGUCACGGCGGCAGCGUGGACAGCGGUCCAGCCACAGCUGCUCCAGGGUCUGACCCGGUUCAAGUCGCCCUGCUUGUUGUGUUUUUCUUCGUCCUGCCAGUCGUCCUCCUCUUCCUCGCUCUUCGCUUUCCUCGAUUCCGGAGAAAUCUCUUAUGUUUUGGACCAAACAGCCCAUUUCACAAAGCUCGACAACACAACCGGACUCCAGUGACCGAGCGAGUGGACACCAGUAACAGUGAGCAUGUCCAGCCUCUGAGAUACCGCCUCAACCCACAGGCCGACGCCCACAAAGAGGUUCAUGACAGACCUGCUCCUCCCACUAAGCCACUCCCCCCUGACCCCACCCUAAACUCCCCAUCACAGCAGCUGGUGACUCGACCAGCUCCGCCCAACAAGCCCCUCCCCCCUGACCCCGUCUCACCUGGACAGGCUCCUGUUCCACUCAAACCUCUGGUGCCCAGAAAGCCCCUCCCCCUGGCCCCACCUUCCCACCCUCAGCUCCACCCUCACCCUGCUGGACAUGCCUCCAACAAACUCCGAGAGCAGAGCGCAGUCACGCCUGCGGCCGCUCCCAACAGACGACCUCCGGCUCCACCCACUCGACCCUCGGCCCCUCAGAAGGCGGAGUCGUCGCCGCUGUGAGUUUGGCGUUGAUCGUUGUGUUUGAGGAAGACGAUGAUGAAGACUUGAACAUUGACCUUUGACCUCUGCUGAUGGACAGUGAACGUCUCGGUGCCUUGCUCAGCAGCAGAGGAAACUCAGGAAUCGAACCCCCGGCAAUGGAUGUUUUUGGUGUCCGUAAACGGCGCCCCCCAGAGGCAGUGGGGCUCAGUGCCUUGCUCAAGGAGCUGGGAAUCAAAAGGUUCUGAUGUGGGACCAAACUAAACCGGAUUAAACCGGAUUAAACCGGAGCGAAGUCUGACUUUAAACUACGUCACAACAAACUGAAGGAAAAAAAACUGUUUGAUUGACAGUCUUUAUAAUUGACCUUUGACCUUUUGUUUGACCUGGUUCAUGAUGUGACUUUUAUAAAAAAGUAGAAACUGGUUUAAACCUGGUCUUAGACUAGUUUAGACCUGGUCUCAGACUGGUUUAAACCUGGUCUCAGACUGGUUUGGACCUGGUCUCAGACUGGUUUGGACCGGGUCUCAGACUGGUUUGGACCUAGUCUCAGCUUGUUCAUGUGGAACUGAUCAAUGAUAAUCAAUAAAACUCAUAAAGAACUGAUCUGCAGGAGUGAAUGAAAUCAGAUUGAUUGAUCAGCUGCUGUUGUUUCAUGUAAAUAAAACAGUUCAUCUUUGA